AUGCAGGUUCUACAAACUUGUCAUCUAAGGAAUUUGCGUCAGCUAAGGAAUUUGGAAAUGUUGGAUUUAAGUUACAAUGCUAUCACUGGAUUCACCAAUUAUAAUGGUAAUAAAUAUUCAAGUGGCCUCCAAAAGAACAAGUUUGGUCCAAGCUUAGAGUUUCUCAAUCUAAGUAAUAAUUCACUAGAAGGUCAUAUUCCUAAUGACAUAUACAAUUCUUCCCGACUACAGAACUUGGACCUAUCAUAUAACAGAUUGAAUGGACUUUUGCCAAAAAAUUUCAGCUCCAAUAUCCAAACUCUCAGGUUAAACGAUAAUAGAUUGAGUGGUCAUGUGACAGAUGCAUUUUGUAACAGUUUCUCAAGGUUGUCUCGCUUGGAUCUCAGUAAUAAUGACCUGAGAGGUCGAAUUCCUGCUGCAAUCAAUAAUCUCACUCAAUUGCAAGCUCUAUUCUUGAGAGGUAAUCAGUUUAACGGUCAAAUACCCUUUCAAUUGUGCUUAGUUGAGUUGCGUUUGUUGGAUCUUUCCUCCAAUAAUUUAUAUGGCUCUAUUCCCACUUGCCUAUCUCAAUUAUUUACUAGUAGGUACGGUGGUGGAAGUCCUUAUGUUGAUAUUGGUAUGGACUUUGAGUUAAUAAAUGAUGGCAGAGUGGGAGAAUUGAUUUCGAUGAAAUUAGAUUCAGCUCACAAUAUUAUUUACAGCAAGGCAGAGUUUGUGACAAAGAACAUGGCUUACAAUUACGAAGGUAACAUGACUAACAUCCUUCUUUACAUGUAUGGAAUAGAUUUGUCUUGCAACAAAUUAACAGGCCACAUACCACAUGAGCUUGGUAAUUUGAGCAACAUCCAGACAUUGAAUUUAUCUCAUAACCAAUUGUGGGGUGUCAUUCCAUCGUCUUUUUCAAACUUGAAGAACAUCGAGAGUUUAGAUUUAUCCUUCAAUCACUUGAAUGGAAGGAUUCCAGCUGAAGCUACAAAUUUGAAUACUCUGGAGGUCUUUAACGUCAGCUACAACAACCUGUCAGGGAAGAUCCCAUUUCAAGCUCAGUCAUCCACCUUUGAUGCCACCAGUUACAAAGGCAAUCCAUUCCUUUGUGGGCUUCCUUUUCCCAUCAACUGCACUACAGAUGAUACGCCCUCCACGAGUACAAGUGAAUCCCAAGAUGAAGACAGUGGCUGGAUUGACAUGGAAGCCUUUUAUAUCACCUUCACGGGAUCUGGUGUGACUAUGUUUCUUGCGGUUGUCAUAAUUAUGCUGAUUAAUCCUCAUUGGUGGAAUGCAUGGUUUUACCUUGCUAAAGCAUGCAUCCUUUACAGCUACUACUUCUUCGAGGACAACAUAAGAAAGCUAAGGAGAGCAAGGCGUGUUUGAUGAUCAUGAGGUUCUUGAUGUGAAGGUUUCUUCGUCACUUGUGAAUGUGAUAAUGUAUGAUCGUAUGGUGCCUCGCUUGUUGUCUUUGAUGACUGUAUAAUUUAUAUGACUAUGGAUGCAUGUUCCGCUUGUUUAUC